AUGUUUCAACAACAGUUCACCAUUGGCCAUGGCUCAUACGAGCGCUGUCAGACCUUGAGCCUGCCUAGCAUUAAGAGUAUGCAGGAGCUUAGAGCUGGCAUCGCGAAAGUCUUUGCGGUGUCUGACUCUGACUCUAUUUGCUUCUACAACCUGAGAGAUAUCCUCACCUCUCUGGAUGACAUUGAGAAAUGUGAAGCCCCGGUUCAAAUUCGAGUCAACGGCGAAAUCGUGCGGGAGCCUUCCGGGCCCGAACCAUUGCCCUACGUUGGGAAUCGCUAUGAGUUGUACCCAGACCCCCUCGGCAACUACGACAGGCUCUUUGAGCGCUAUGGGCCUGUCAUUAAGACGGUUAACAUGGGAACGACCAUCUACCUCACCAAUGAUCCCAACGUCUCGCGUGAAGUUCUCCGCGAGGGCCAGUUUUUCACCAAAACGACGUCGGAUCCUAGUCAUCCGCUGUACUACAUGAGAAACAACGAGGCGCUCUUCACCUGCGAUAGCGAUGCUCCAGCGUUUAAGCUCGCGCACAAGUACAUCCCGCCAAGCUUGACGCCAAAGGCAGUCCGUCACUAUACGCCAGUUGUGCAGGCUUGCGUCGAUAGGUCGUUCAAGGUCUUCGAUGAGUUGGACGACAAGGAGUUGGCUUUCAACGUGUAUCAUUACACGUUCAAGAUGGCUGGCGAAAUCAUCUGGAAAGUGAUCUUGGGCAUGGACCUGGGCCACUUUGAUGCGAUUGACUCAAAGCCUCAUGAGACCAUCCGCUUACUUGGCGAGUACCUCUCUCUGAUGAAGAAGACUUCGCUUCGAGGCAGCUGGUAUGGAUAUCUCCCAUUCGGCACACCCAAGCGACUUCAUUUGGUCAGGCAGCUACUAUGGGACGGUGUUGCGAAGGGCAUUCAGGACUCCAUCAAAACGUCUGGGGAUCUGCCAAUGAAAGACGCCGCUUUACACGCGACCUGCGUUGCGGAUUACCUGAGGCGCGCGACUGAUGAGAAUGGUGAAAAGCUUCCGGAAGACUUGAUGCUCAGCAACUGCGUCAUCAUGAUCGGGGCAGGAUUUGUGACCACGUCGUCGCUGCUUGCGUGGCUGAUUUACGCCCUGGUGAAAUACCCGGGUAAUCAGCAGCGUCUACUUCAAGAACUUGUCGAUCAUGGAGCUACGCCAGACAAAGAGUGGACCUACGAUGAGUUAAACGACAUGCUCUUCCUCGACAAAUUCGUCAAGGAAACGCAGCGGAUGCACAACCCUUCUUUUCAGACGGCGCGUAACGCGCGAGAAGACGUAGUGCUUCCGGGCGGAUAUUUCCUCCCCAAGGGCUCAGUCAUCAUUCCCACUUUCCCUUCGAUACACAAGAAUGCGGCUCAUUGGGACAAUCCUACGCGUUUUGAGCCUGACAGGUGGGACACGGAAGCCGUGAGAGACCGGCACAAGAUGUCAUACACGCCAUUUGCGGCGGGAACUCGGGGUUGUGUAGGGUACAACCUCGCUCUGCUGGAAGUCAAGAGCGUGAUUGCGAAAUUGGCGUAUCGUUAUCACUUUGAAGAUGCUUCUACUGAGGCUGUGGUUUACGAUCCGGAGUUUAUAGUAGUUCGUCCUUUGAACUUUUACGCCAGGGCGGUCAGACGAACGAGGUGGCCGGAGAAACAAGCGUGA